AGCUUGUUUUUGUUUAUAGCACAACAUUUAUUAAAUAUGUCGAGUAGACAUCGUAAACGUACAGCCAGCAGCAGCAGCAGCAGCGAGGCUGACAGUGAAGAAGAGUUACGUUUAAAGGAUUUGCGUGAGCGUGAUGAGUUUGCUAAUCGCUUAAAACAGCGAGAUGAGGAACGCACACGCAAGGUUGUGGAAACCACGGGCGGGCGUAAGGCCAUAGAAGAGGCCACCAAGCGGUUGAAGCUGGAGCAUGAAGAUCGUGAUAAAAUAGUGCCACAUCUGCGUGUACAAUCACGUCGGCAGUAUCUGGAAAAACGCAAAGAUGACAAAGUGGCUGAACUGGAAGCGGAUAUUCUAGAUGAUGAGUAUUUGUUUGAUGAUAAUGUUCUAACGCAGCGGGAGCGCGAGGAGCGUAAGUACAAAAAGCAAUUGCUGAACAUAGCCAAGGAGCAUGAGAAGGCGCGUGAGCUGGAGCGCAUACAGCGAUAUCAAAUGCCGCAUGAUAUGAAGAAAGGCGAGCGCUCUGACUAUGUUGAGGUGGACGAGUUUGAAAAGCAGCCCAAUUCGGAGCAAAAGAAAUGGGAAGCAGAGCAGUUGGCCUCAGCACGCUUUCAGUUUGGCGCUAAAGAUGCAAAAGCGCAAGAAGAAUAUGAGCUAUUGCUAGACGAUCAAAUAGACUUUAUACAAGCCUUGACGCUGGAUGGCAGCCGCGAAAAGUCUGGAAAGCAGCCGGAGUUAAGCGAGAAGGAGCGUAAACGGUUAACACUGGAUGAGACUCGCCGCUCGCUGCCUGUAUAUCCUUUCAAGGAAGAUUUAAUAGCAGCUGUGAAAGAGCAUCAAGUGCUUAUUAUUGAGGGCGAGACCGGCUCUGGUAAGACCACACAGGUGCCUCAGUAUUUAGUCGAGGCAGGCUUUACCAAGGAUAAAAAGAUGAUUGGCUGCACGCAACCACGUCGUGUGGCUGCCAUGUCGGUGGCAGCUCGCGUAGCAGAGGAAAUGGGGGUCAAGUUGGGUAAUGAGGUGGGCUAUAGCAUACGUUUCGAGGACUGCACAUCCGAUAGAACCAUACUCAAGUAUAUGACAGAUGGCACACUGCAUCGUGAGUUUCUGUCUGAGCCAGAUUUGGGUUCAUACAGCGUUAUGAUCAUUGACGAGGCGCACGAACGUACACUGCACACGGAUAUUCUCUUCGGCUUAGUAAAGGAUAUUGCACGAUUUAGGCCCGAGCUGAAGCUGCUUAUCUCCAGUGCAACGUUAGAUGCGGAAAAGUUUUCUGCUUUCUUUGACGAUGCGCCCAUAUUCCGCAUACCUGGUCGGCGCUAUCCGGUGGAUAUAUUUUAUACCAAGGCUCCCGAAGCAGACUACAUUGACGCCUGUUGUGUAUCUGUGUUGCAAAUUCACGCCACGCAGCCGCUUGGCGAUAUUUUAGUCUUUCUUACCGGUCAGGAUGAGAUUGAGACCUGUCAGGAGGUGCUGCAAGAUCGCGUUAAGCGUUUGGGCAGUAAAAUACGCGAGCUCAUUGUUAUUCCCGUAUAUGCCAAUCUGCCCAGCGACAUGCAGGCUAAGAUCUUUGAGCCCACACCACCACAUGCACGCAAAGUCAUCCUUGCUACGAAUAUUGCAGAGACUUCUCUUACUAUCGACAACAUAAUUUACGUGAUUGAUCCAGGCUUUGCCAAGCAGAACAACUUUAAUUCGCGCACAGGCAUGGAGUCCUUAAUGGUGGUGCCCAUCUCAAAGGCUUCAGCUAAUCAGCGUGCUGGGCGAGCCGGUCGCACAGCGCCCGGCAAAUGCUUCCGUUUAUACACCGCUUGGGCAUAUAAGCAUGAACUGGAAGAGAACACAGUGCCUGAGAUUUGUCGCAUCAAUCUGGGCAAUGCGGUACUCAUGCUGAAGGCAUUGGGUAUAAACGAUUUGAUACAUUUCGAUUUUUUGGAUCCGCCACCGCAUGAGACUUUGGUGCUGGCGCUGGAGCAACUGUAUGCCUUGGGUGCGCUCAAUCACCAUGGGGAGCUUACUAAACUGGGACGACGCAUGGCGGAGUUUCCUGUAGAUCCCAUGAUGGGCAAAAUGCUGCUGGCCAGCGAGAAAUACAAAUGCUCUGAAGAGAUGGUUUCAAUAGCCGCCAUGCUUUCCGUAAAUAGCGCCAUCUUUUACCGGCCCAAGGAUAAGAUAAUACACGCGGAUACUGCACGCAAGAAUUUCAAUCAUAUGCAUGGUGAUCAUCUUAGUCUGCUGCAGGUAUACAAUCAAUGGGCGGAGACAGAUUACAGUACACAGUGGUGCUACGAGAAUUUUAUACAGUACAGAUCCAUGAAACGUGCACGUGAUGUGCGCGAGCAACUGGUAGGUCUAAUGCAGCGUGUUGAGAUUGACAUGGUUAGCUGCCUGCCGGAAACGAUUAAUGUGCGCAAAGCUCUCACAGCGGGAUAUUUCUAUCAUGUUGCACGUCUGUCCAAGGGCGGCCACUACAAGACCAUUAAGCACAAUCAAACGGUCAUGAUACAUCCUAACUCUUCACUAUUUGAGGAACUGCCCCGCUGGGUUCUCUAUCAUGAGCUAGUGUUUACGUCCAAGGAGUAUAUGCGACAGGUUAUUGAAAUUGAAAGCAAGUGGCUGAUGGAGGUGGCGCCGCAUUACUACAAAGCCAAGGAGCUGGAAGAUUCUACAAACAAAAAAAUGCCUAAGGGUUCCGGGCGUGCAGAGAUGACGCAAUAAGCAUAUAAACUGAAUUAUAACUAGGUCUAAAUAAAAAUAUUUUUCAAAUUCAAA